AUGAGUCCAGAGUCGACCCGCCUUACUCGAAUUGGGGGCCGGAGCAGGAGGAGCCAGUAUUGGAGCCGCCUCCAACGUCGUGACGAUGAGGGUGAUGAUGAGUCUGGAGAUGAGAACGACGGACAAAACGACAGCGAUGACGACGGCGAAGAUGAGGCCCAACCGAGGCUUCCACCACCAGCUGCGGUUGUACCUCCUCCUCCAGCAGGACAGGGCACUUUACCACAGCCUCCAGUAGUUGCCAGCCCAAUACCACUUGAGGCGCCGCCUGCCACCACCCCUACGAGUGCCGCCGCAGCGGAGGAUACACCUCUUGUCGUUGCCGCGCCUAUUCUCAUUCCGGGGACAGUUACGGCGAGGCCGCUCAUCACUCUCACGGCCGUUGCGCCGCCGAGAGUUGUUGUACCUUCGACACUGGUUACUUCUACGAGGGGUGUACUGCCUAGUAGCAGCAGUAUCGUCACCUCGCGAGUCAAUAGCGUGUCGACUAUCCCAGGCAACGCCUCUUUCACCACUAGCCUCUCGAAUGUUAUCGCUACAAGCAUUGCCUCUGCCAACCCUGCUCUCUCUAGCGCUCUAAGAGGCGGUGUCGUCGGCGGCAUCAACACCACACCCGUCAUCCAGACUCCUGCCUUUUCUCAACCAACUAUUGCUGCCACAACGGCAGUCGGGGCAGUUCCCGUGCCCACGGGGGCCGGAGAACCGGCUGUUGCUUCUUCGAAGGGCAUUAACACGGGUCAAAUAGCGGGUAUCGCCGUUGGAGCCAGCGCUGGUAUCGCCCUCUUCGCCACAGGCAUGUAUCUCUACAAAAAGAAAAAGAGGACCUCCAGCACCACCCCCAGCGGCUCCGAGACUCCCAUCUCCAACCCGCAGAUAGCCCCUCCUCCGCCUACGAUGCCCAAGAUGACGGCGCCAAUGCGCAUCUCGGAGCUCAUGAGAGCGCCCGACGUGCCGAGGAGGAUGGAACUCACCAACAGCAUGCAGAUCCUCGCGUACCGCAUUAAGGACGCUUUCGACUCGGACAACCGAAACAACGGCGGCAGACCGGAGAGCCAGGAGGUGCCUUUCGUGGAUCCGAGGACGUAUAUGGAUUUGAGUGGCCAGAGGACUCCGCCCGUGCCGCCUAUGCCUUACGGAUAUCAGUCACCGUCGUGGGAGGAGAGUGGGGGAAGAAGGUAUUGA